CCUAAAGGUACUGUGAGAUGCGGUAAAUGCAAGCAAAUAGGGCAUAACAGGACGACAUGUGCUAGAAGAUCAGAGGGAAACGUAGGGAGUUCCACUGGGUAAUGUUGUUCUUUUAUUCGCAAAUGCAUUAGCAACAUAAAAAAAAAAAUUUAAUUUAAUAAAAAAAUUAAGUAACUAAUGCAACUAUUACUUUUACAGCGCCGAUGCAGGUGUCAGUGGAUCCCGGACCGAUUGAUCCUUCAGUCCUGACAUUGCAGGCCACGCACCGGAGCGAGGAUGUGUGGCGUGGCCUGGAUGUUCAGGUAGAUAGGUGUCGUGAGCACACACGCAGUAUAUUCCACAUGGGGGUGGACGAUAGGAUUCUACAUUAUGUUCGUUUAGCUGGGUUUUAUGGUGUUCACAGAUUGGUUUCGACUCUGCAUAUAGAUAGAGCAUUACUUACCGCUCUACUUGAGCGUUGGAGACAGGAGACUCACACAUUCCAUUUACCGGUGGGUGAGGUCACGAUCACAUUAGGAGAUGUGGCUGUAUUGGCAGGUCUACCGAUCGAGGGUCGGGCAGUUACUGGGACUGCAUGUAGACUGUGGGUUGAUUUGGUACACAGAUUGUUGGGAGUACGGCCACACCCAGGGACAGAUAUUUGGGGGUCCGCCUUGAGGAUGGCUUGGUUGAGAGAGCAUUUUGAUGGUUUACCUGCUGAUGCUGAUGACGAUGUUGUGCAGCAGUACGCGAGAGCCUACAUUCUGAUGCUUAUGGGAGCUUCCACGUUUGCGGACAAGAGUGGGAAUGAGGUGCAAGUCUUGUAUUUACCCAUUCUGGAGUCUUUUGAUGUAGCUGCAGUGUAUAGCUGGGGUAGUGCCACUUUAGCAUACCUAUAUCGGCAGUUAUGUCGAGGUUGCCAUCGUGACGGUGGAGAGAUGGGUGGGUUUGUAUUGCUCAUACAGCUAUGGUCGUGGGAGCACAUUCAUAUAGGCAGACCUGUCAUUCUGCGAUAUCAUGGGGUACAUGCCGGUCCUCUUGAUGAUGAUAUGGAUCAGCACGCUUUACUUGGGCCACAUCACGUUCGUGGCGAUGAUCCUUUGGGUCGUAGAUGGUUAUUUGCUCAUGUCACGCGCACAUCAUCCGCUGCUGGAUUAGGAUACUACCGAGAUGCUUUAGAUCGCUUGUGUGAUGAUCAGAUGACGUGGAUGUCGUACACUGAUGAGAUUCUAGGGCUUUUACCUGCUGUUGCCCGAGAGCACACUGACAUAUGGCGAGCACGUGUGCCUUUGAUAUGUUUUGAUGUAGUGGAGCAUUACUUUCCUGAUCGCGUACUACGCCAGUUUGGGUUGCAGCAGGUUACUCCCGGACCUUGUGAUACAUCUGUGGAUUUGCACAAGAUUGAUAGACGGGGGAAGCACACUGAAGAUUGGGGGAUGCGCCAUAUUCAGUAUAUCACUAUGUGGGAUGAUAGAGCGGCGUAUAUAGUGGACGGGAUCCCAUCUUUAGUCCCCACAGCUUCUGUAGACUACAUGAGAUGGUAUUACACCAUCACACGGGUGUUUAUCUCUCCCAGUUUUCGUUUACCCACUGAUCAUUACCAGCCUAGCUCAGUCGCUCUUCAUAUGACGACACGGGCUUUGCGUAGCAUCCAUGACAGAGCGACUGCUAUACUUGAUGAGGCAGUAGAUGUACAGGGAUACCAUGACGCUUGUUCAGGCAUUGUUUCACUGUGCGCUGAUGUAUUGGGUCGAGUCGAUUAUGGAUAUAUGGCCGCGUCUCAGCAUUCCACUGCAUCUACAUCCGCAGCAGGGUCUUCUCAGGCAGUCCGACGUGAUAGAGUUGUUCUUCAGCCUCGUAACCAGCGCAGACGUCCCCGAGCACAACUACAUGAACUUCAUGAUGAUGAUGAUGAUCACGUUGAGUUAUGAUAUUUGUAUUUCACUUAUUGUGUGAAAGUUGUAGUAUGCACUAGCAGAUCGAAUUAUUUUGUGAUACACC